CAACACCGUUGGCCCCGUCAACUUCACUCGCUCCCACUCGCGCUCGACGCUUCGCCAGGACAUCCCGAACGACCUCGCAUCCGGUUUCCAUGUCGAACCCGAUGUCCUGACAUGGUUCCAGUUGGUGGCGGUGGCGGUUAAAGUAGUCCGCCCGGUUCUAUACAUACAUACAACGCGAAACUCCUCCGUCCGGCGUCCAGAGCCGUGACUUGACUCGGCCGUCAAUAUCCUAAAUUCGACCUUGUAUUGAAGCUGCGAAUUCCAGCCAUCAUGGCGCAACCACAGCCACAACAUCUGACUCAGUCCUUCUCUCCGCCGGGUUCCUCCCCUUCACCUGGCGCUCCAUCGCCAGUGAAUGGAGGUGUCCCACCACCUUUCAAGCGCCAACGCCUUUCACCUCUCCCUCAGUCCCAGUCUCCUUACGCCUCACCUAGCUUUGGGACUCUGCAACUGCCACAACACCAGCCCACUCCUCUGAAUGGAGCCAAUCUGGGCAUGAAUGGCAUGCCUCAAAGUCCGGCUCCUCCACCUCCACCUCCAGGCGCAAUGGGUCCUCCAUCUCGACCGGCAGAAAAGGCGACGGAUGCUGCUGAGCUGACUGACGUGCUGGCGUCAUCGGGUAUUGAUGUUCGGGAAGAAGAAGCCUACCUGACCAGCAGCUAUUCAGGCCCUGGCGUGCAGGCUCAACAACCGCCUCGCCCUCAACAGCCACCAAUCCCGCAACAGCAGCCGCCACCACCCGCUGUGAACACCUCUUUCGCUUCACAAGCAUCGACUGGAACAGUUUCUACGGCCCCUAGUUUCGGCGAACCGUCGCCAUACAAACCGCCGACGACACAGGAUUCCUUCUACGCGGAGCCGUCAACCCAGCCUCCUGCUCCUUUCAAAGAUCCCAACGAACCGACUCGCGAGGACACCGAAGCAGCUAGGCGCGCACAAUAUCAUCUACAACACUCAUUCCUAUUGACCAAGGUCCUGGAGCAAAAGUUGCAGAAGCGUGGAUUUGAACUGGGUGUUCGGAUUCCGGCCGAGGGUCUGUACCAUCCCGUACCCGGCCGCCAACAGCCUAUCGAAGUUACUGGACCAGAUGGGUCAUCGAUCAUACGUUCUGGUCAGACCAUCUUGAAUCAGACUGGCGCACCUUUGUUAGACAUACUUAGUUUGAUGUCUAUCUCGUGUGAGGAACGGCUGCGAACGGUGGUCGAUUAUUCUUCAACACUUGCUAGAAGCCGACGCGCACAUUCGCACGGAGUUGUUCCCGCUGACUGGGAGGACAUGGCGGCUUCGGCUAAUGCUGUCAAUGGGAGUGUUGGGACCCCCAGCACCCCAGCCAAGCGGCCUUUGUCGGCAACUGAGCAACAGGGUACCAGAUCAAUGUCUGAAAAGUAUCGCUUGCUUAUGGACAAGGACAACUCGAGCGAAGAUGCCCGGGCAGCGAAACGGGCUAAGCGCAGUGCAAGUGCCAUUCUGGGAGAAGGUGGAGCAAUCCGGGCGGAAUCCGUCGAUAUCCCUGGCUCUGGUGCUUCGACACCGAUCGGGGAGAGAGCUCCUAGUCUCGACAAGAAGGGGAUGUCGAAGAAGGAGGCUCGGAAGCUGAUGGAUGCCAAAGCCAGCGAGGCCCAGCAACAUCAGCAGUCGGUGGAGACCGCACGACUGGCUACUAAUAGCAUGCUGUCUGGUCGCAUGUUUGGUACUAAGAAAUCUUACUCCUGGCUGAAUCGCGGCCCAGCAACUGGCAGUGGAUUCUCUACGCCAUCACGUGUCAACACCGCCACGCCGCCUGCCAGCACUGACAAACCUGGACGCUCCGGGGAGCCCGCAGCCGCGCCCGCGAAACGUCUAGGGACCUGGCGAGAGGAUAAGGACAAGGGCGCCGGCAUCCAGGUUCGGGACGUCCUGUUUAUGCUUGAGCUGGAUGGCAGAGGCCCUCGGCACGUACAAAAAGCGUACUCGAAGGAUGUGAAGGAGGACCGAGCGGAAUAAGAUGAUGUGGUAUCUCUCGUUUCAGCGUUUCGAGGUUCCAUUUGGUUUCCGUACUGUAACUGCGCAGGAUCGUGGUUAUUUGGCAAGGUGGCAUACUCAGCAGUGCUCAAUUCGUUGUGACUACUAUUCAUUGUAUGUGCAUUUGCUCGUUUCUUCGCAUGCGACGAGAGGCUCCCAGAUCAUCAUCGGAGUCAUUCCUUUGCAUAUGAUGCCAUUUGCUCUCUUUUCACUAACCUGUUUAAUUGCCAUGGGUCGGCACGAUUCUCGCCUUGGAUGUAUUACUUUUCAUACCCCUGUGUUACGGAGGGAACUCUGGACUGAGCCACAAGGCAGAAGAAAUGAAACGGACGGAAAUGAAAGAAACGAUAUGGAAACCACCCUGCUCCGUGCUGUGCCGUCACGGCAUCGGAUCCUCUCAGAUGGCAUGACAUGGCCUCCUCCUUCGUAGUGAUAG